AUAUGUCAUUAAUGUUGACCUUUUUACCGAAAAAAUCUUAGUCGCGCAAUUGUACAUCUAAUUAAGUUUUUUUUUGUGCAGUAUUUCUCAAUGAAAGAAUGUGCAUAAAAACGAGUCGUCUCUGGUUGAAUAACAACAAAGACUUUAUUUAAUAAUCCCUACUGUUGACCAAUCACCGACGAAGGGGCGUAGACAUCGGCUCCGAAUUUCGGCUUGCCUCUAGAUGAAUGUCGUUUGCCCGAACAACCGGAAAAAAAAACUCUCACCGAAGUCCAAAAUGAACAAAAUCUCGACAUAGGUAACCAGGAGUUGAAUGCAAAUGUGACUGAGUGUGUCAGCUCCACAUCUACCACAGCAAAAGAAGAGCACAACAGCAGAACACACAUUGUUACUGUCAAAGUGAACAGCACAAAGGGUUGGAACUAUUUCCCUCUGUGUUUUGUGUAAGUCCAUUUUUUGUGGUUGACAAGUGCACAAUUUUUUUGCUUCAUAACACACCAAAAAACACCAAGUUGAGACUCAGAGAAACAUAGGAAUAGUCCAUGUGAAUCAGAAGACAGUACAGGUCUGUUUGAAUGUAAAAGACUAAAAGCACUUGAGACUAACAAAGAAACGUACGACCACUCCAGUCCAGGAAAAACAGCGAAAAGGUCUUUGAACAUAGAAACAAUAUUAAAAACUUUACAGGUUGUUGUACACCGAAAAGAGACUUCAGAAAAAGCUAUUUUCACCAGGAAUAAGACUGCUUCAGGAUAAUUUACUUUAAUGUUUGAAUUCUGAAACACUUUCACAAAGGUUUGUUUUUUGAGCGGAUAUAUGAUCUAUUUAUUCAUAUAAAUGCUAAUUUCUCCCUUUUUGGGGAGCGUCUUGUAAAUAUACAAUUUUCAUACGCCAGACUCUUCUUUUCAAGAGGGCUGUACGUAUAAGUAUACAUAAAUUCUUUAAAUUAGAAAUCCUGAAAACAAGAUUUUAUUUUUUUUGUGAACUAAAUAACACAAGGACAAAAGUUCUGCGAGUGGAUCAACAAGACCUAAGGAAACAUUGGCUAGGGGGAAAAAGUUUAGCUUUACACUGUGAGUGACUAAGGAAUUGACAGACUGUGAAGGAAAACCUCUCUAAGCCAUGUCUACAGCAAGAACGGAGAACCCAACAUCCAUAAUGGGACUGAACAAGCCCAACGGGCAGUUUAGAGGACCACUCAAGCCAGUUGGACAAACACCAGGAUCCCUGGCAACUACCCCACAACCAGAUGCCCACCAGAAGGGAGGCAACAUUCCCCAGGGCAGUGGGGGCAUCCGUUUUGGCGAUGACUGGAAGAAGUGCCUGCAGCUUCCACAGAAGGACUGCAGAUUUAGAACAUCAGAUGUGACAUCGACCAAGGGGAAUGAGUUCGAAGACUACUGCCUGAAGCGGGAGCUACUGAUGGGGAUCUUUGAGAUGGGCUGGGAGAAACCAUCUCCUGUACAGGAGGAGAGCAUCCCCAUUGCUCUGUCAGGAAGGGACAUCCUGGCCCGGGCUAAGAACGGCACCGGGAAAAGCGGAGCCUACCUCAUUCCUCUCCUGGAGAGGAUAGACCUGAAGAAGGACCACAUACAGGCCAUGGUGAUGGUUCCUACACGAGAGUUGGCCCUGCAGGUGAGCCAGAUCAGCAUCCAGGUGAGCAAGCACAUGGGUGGGGUCAAGGUCAUGGCCACCACGGGAGGCACCAACCUGAGGGACGACAUCAUGCGCCUGGACGAGACUGUGCAUGUGGUGAUAGCCACACCAGGCAGGAUCCUGGACCUGAUAAAGAAGGGAGUGGCCAAAGUGGACAAAGUCCAGAUGAUGGUGAUGGAUGAGGCAGACAAGCUGCUGUCUCAGGACUUUGUGGUCCUCAUCGAAGACAUCAUCAGCUUCCUGGCUAAGGGGCGUCAGAUCCUACUCUACUCUGCCACCUUCCCCAUCAGUGUGCAGAAGUUCAUGGCGAAGCACCUUUCAAAGCCCUAUGAGAUCAACCUGAUGGAUGAGCUGACACUGAAGGGCAUCACCCAGUACUAUGCCUACGUCACUGAGAGGCAGAAAGUCCACUGCCUCAACACCCUCUUCUCCAGGCUCCAGAUCAACCAGUCCAUCAUCUUCUGUAACUCCACCCAGCGGGUUGAGCUGCUGGCCAAGAAGAUAACCCAGCUGGGCUACUCCUGCUUCUACAUCCAUGCCAAGAUGAUGCAGGAGUACAGAAACCGUGUGUUCCAUGACUUCAGAAACGGACUCUGCAGGAACUUGGUCUGCACAGAUCUGUUCACCAGGGGAAUUGACAUCCAAGCAGUGAACGUAGUGAUCAACUUUGACUUCCCCAAGAAUGCUGAGACGUACUUGCAUCGCAUCGGCAGAUCAGGGAGGUUCGGUCACCUGGGUCUGGCCAUAAACCUGAUCACCUCUGAGGACCGCUUCAACCUGAAGUCCAUCGAGGACCAGCUGGUGACCGACAUUAAGCCCAUCCCCGGCAGCAUCGACAAGGGCCUGUACGUGGCAGAGUUCCACUCUGCCGAACCAGACGCCGAAGACGAGAUCAGAGGCAAGGACGGCGAGUUAAGUGCAGCAUAAACGGAGAACAAGAGGCGUCUGGCAUUCAUCACACCAUCCCCUGCUGCGCACAGACAUUCAGAUUAGUUUGACUGAAUAUAAAAAAUUCUACAGGAUGCAGCUUCCAGUUUUCUUUAUUUUUUGGGAUAAUGUUUACAGCAGUGGUCAGUUUGUUUUGGCACAGAUUACAUCUGUUUUUUAACCAACAUGAUAUGUACCCAACUUGUCAACGGUCAAUAAUUUUCUAAGUCUGCCGUUUUUCUGUAUGGUCAGUGUAUCACUGGUGGCUUCUUAUACAGUCACAUUUCAUCAUUUCCUGUUGAAAAGGCCCUCCUCACUUGUCAGGUUCACUUCCUAUAGACUUAUUUCUGAGCAGAUGACUGUCGAGGAAACCAAACCAAAGCUGAACAUGUUGAUAGGGGAGUAUGGAUUUACUCAACCAAAAGGACCCCCUCUGCUUUAACGGCUGUUUGGGGAAAGCCAUCACGGUGCUCUAUGGUGGAAAUACGAAUAGAACUACAUUUUAAAAGUUUCUUUGUUUUUAAGUGUUCAUGCUAAUGUGACGUUACAGUCGUACAUAAAAGGCACCUCCAUGAAUAGUUUGUCAGACGCACAUGGAUGAGUCCAAUGAUGAGUGUUGAUUAGUUGACUUAUUGUUUAUUUGUUUCGUAUUUUACAGCCUCCUUAGUAGGCUAUAGCACCAGACAGACCUGUAACUCUGGGCAACAGAUCCCUUAGACAAGGAGACGAUGACAGUAGAACCUGACAUGGAUAAGAGCCUGUAUCAACGGGGUAAACAUUUUAUUUAGAUGCACCCCCCCCCCCACACACACACACACACACAAAUAAUUACACAUGCUGAAGCCAGUCAUCUUAUUCUAUCGCUCUGACUCUUCUGUUCCUCUCACAUUCUUCCUCUUAACUCACUCGCGUGCCUUAAUCUAACCUCCGCUCAGUGUUUAUACUGUACAUCUGAAAGAAUCUCUGUGUGAACCAGAGCUCCAGAAAGUAGCUUGAAAGUUCGGUUCCAAAAAGAGCUUCUCUGGUAAUGUGUUCUUUAGCUCUCACCAAGUCAGUGCUUGUUUUCUCAGCUUCCCAGAACUCCCCUCUGUGUUUUUAAUGUGGAGUAGUUGAAAAUGAUCUAAGGUCAAUUUUGCAAACCCCUAUCCUAUUGGUUAAUAUUAGGAUUUAGGGAUGAAAACCUGACCCAAGAUCUAUCCGUAGCUUGCCAGGAAGCAGGAAUGGUCACACAGGGUGGGGGGGGCCCUAAUCUCUAACACAAGAAGUGAUUUGUUACAAUACUGGCAAUUGUCGUUGAGGAAUCGCAGCAUUUCAGUCAUUUUCUCAAUUGUUAUGCAAUGUAUUUUUCCUCUUUCGUACAGCUAUAUUGGGUAGUCUGACAGAGCAAUGGUUGUGUUGAGGGAAGAUUGGCAGUACUCUCAUUGGCCAAAGUACAGUGUUCUACUUUUAAAAGGAAAAAAUAUUGCCAAAUACAAUCUUGUCUUAUAGCGACAACCCUAGCAGAUCCUACAAUCUUCAACAUUCGAGAUGUAGCAGAGGGCUGGCCUCUGCAUUGAGUGUAGCACCAGCAGAACAGAACAGGGACCAUUGUAAUGCAUGUACUGUAAGCCUACAAUACUGAGCACUGUUUCCCCACAUCUGGCUCUGGAGUAUCCCUGUAAAUGCUCAAGUUUAUUUAACUUAUUCCAUUGUCAAUUAUCCUCAAUUGAGGCACUUGAGCACUGAAAUGGGACUUGUGAUUUGAGCAUUGUCAAGUGUCUGUGUUAAACAUUAUUAAUUGGUUAAUCUCAGCACACCAGCCGCCCACAGCGAUGAGCAAUAGCUUUGGGAGGAGGCUAUAAAUUGGGUAAGUGAAGCAGUAUUUGCCAGGGGUACUCCAGGGCCAACUAUAAGAAGACUAUGGUAGACUUGUUGAUUUGAAUUUAUUUCUAUCCAACUCAUUUGGUUUGAGUAAUGCUCCUGUUGUAGUUGUCUUGUGUUGGCAGAGGUCACCUGCUGAGCUGUGAAGUGGUAGGAGGAUGACUAAGCAAAGUUGUGUCAAUUGUGUCAAUGCCAGCACCUGAAGGAAUCAAAUAAAGGCCUGCUGAUUCUCCA